AUGCGACCUACAGGCUCGUUCCUGGCAUUGGCCUCCGCGUUCGCCGUCCACACCGUCGUGGCUUUGGAUCCAUAUGAAGGCUAUGUCUUCGCGUACUUCACCGGAAACUCAAAGGCUGGCGAGAACAUUUUCCUAGCUGCAAGUUCAGGCAACAACGCCCUGUCGUGGCAGGAGUUGAACGGAGGCCAGCCCAUCCUCACCUCAUCCCUGGGAACCAAAGGCCUGCGAGAUCCAUUCCUCAUCCGAUCACCGCAGGGGGACAAGUUCUUCCUCAUUGCCACCGACCUGUCGAUCGGUUCGGGGACCUCCUGGUCGGAUGCAGUGCGGUUCGGAAGCCGAUAUCUCGAGGUUUGGGAGUCGACCGACCUGAAGACAUGGUCAAGCCAGCGUCACGUCCAGGUCUCCCCACCUGAGGCUGGCAACACCUGGGCGCCCGAGGCGUACUACGAUGAGGAUAUCAACGCCUAUGUUGUGUUCUGGGCAUCAUCUCUCUACGACGCCGCCGACACAAACCGCACGGGGGCAACUUACCACCGGAUGCUGUACGCAACUACCCAGGACUUCGUCACGUUCAGUGAGACCAAGACCUGGCAAGAUGCGGGCAUGUCUAGGAUCGAUUCUACCGUCCUGAAGUCCGACAGCGUCUACUACCGCUUUACCAAGGACGAGGGAGCCAGUGGGACGGGCUGUAGCGAUAUUAUCCAGGAGAGGUCGGGCUCGCUCCUCGCAACUCUGGAGUCAUGGACGACCGUCGCCACCUGCAUCGGCAGGGACGCAGGUACAAGCGCAGUGGAAGGCCCAACAGCCUUCAGGGCAAACCCGGGAGAUGUUAAUGGAGACAAAUUCUACCUCUUCGUUGACGAGUAUACCGGUCGUGGAUAUAUCCCCCUCGAGACUGCGGACAUUGCAAACCCGGACUGGGCGGUUUCGAGCUCCUAUGAUCUCCCUUCGAGCCCAAGACACGGCACCGUCAUCCCGGUCACAGCGGCCGAGCUUUCAGCUCUGACGGCCGGCUCCGCACAGCCCAGGUCAGCCGGUGCGGACGGACUUGCCACGGCACGGAAGGAUCGCAAGAACAGAAUCGUGCCCCGCGACAGCCCCGUGUUGGCUGGUCUGAAUGCCGACCCGAAUAUUGUAGCGUUUGGAGAGACCUACUACAUCUAUGCGACUAGUGAUGGUUUCCCUGGAUGGGGCGGCCAGACCUUCUACUCCUGGUCAUCCCAGGACCUGAGCACAUGGACUCGGUCGGAGGAGCCAUUCCUGGUCCUCAACGGCACAUCCGGCAGCGUUCCGUGGGCGAGUGGAAACGCGUGGGCUCCAACCAUCAUCGAGAGGGACGGGAGCUUCUACUUCUACUUCAGCGGCCACAACCCGACCUACAACCGCAAGACUAUCGGCGCCGCCGUCGCGAGCUCGCCCGAGGGGCCGUUUGUCGCGCAGCCAACCGCGAUGAUCCUCAACAACGAGGAGUUGACCACAAACCAGGCCAUCGACCCGGCGACCUUCCAGGACCCCCAGACCGGCAUAUACUGGCUGCUCUGGGGCAACGGCCGACCGUUGAUCGCCCAGUUCAACGACGACAUGGUAUCGAUCAACUGGGACACCGUCCAGAACAUCACGGGGCUCGUCGACUUCAGGGAGGGCCUCUUCCUAGUCUACCGCGAGGGAGUCUACCACCUCACCUACUCGAUCGACGACACCGGAUCCGAGAACUACCGCAUCGGCUACGCGACCUCCGACUCCGUCACUGGUCCUUGGACUUACCAGGGUGUCGUGCUCCAAAAGGACACGAGCCAGGGUAUCUUGGGGACGGGCCACAACUCCAUCCUCAACGUCCCGGGGACGGAUGUUUGGUACAUUGCCUAUCAUCGGUUCCACAUUCCGGAUGGCGAUGGGACCCACCGUGAGACUACCAUCGACAAGUUGACGUUCGACCAGGAGACUGGGCUGAUCGAGCCCGUGGUGCCGACGCUUACAAGCGUAGAGCCCUUCCCUAUCCCGGCUGCGUAG